UAUGAAAACACUGUAUAAUUCCUCCCUUGAAAAUUUAUACCAAAGAAGACACUUUGAUGAGGCUGGCACGAGUCACGACGGGGUAAUGGAAGUGAAAAUGGAGAAAGUCAGAGGGUGUUUGCAACUGAGCAGAGAAGAAUCGGAGAGCGUGUCGCGCCUCAACAUCCACCCGCACCGAGUCGGAGUCGACUGUAGCUUCUACGAAUACUUUACUUUGAGAGGCAUCCGAGUCGAGCGAGUCGAGCCUGGCCUCGUCUCCUGUUCUUUCACGAUCCCCCCUCGCCUCACUGAUAUUAAUGGUAAUUUGGCUAAUGGUGCGAUCGCUAACCUUGUUGAUGAAUUUGGUGGGGCCGUUGUCCACGUAGAAGGUCUUCCCAUGAAAGUGUCGGUUGACAUGUCAAUCUCGUUCCUUUCUACUGCUAAAGUGAAUCACAGGAUGAGUUAGAGAUUACUGCAAGGGUUUUAGGGCAAAGAGGAGGUUAUUCUGGAACAAUCGUUCUCCUGAAAAACAAAGCAACGGGUGAGGUUAUAGCUGAAGGACGACAUUCAUUGUUUGGUAGGCAACCUAGUAAGAUGUGAUUUAAUUGUAGGAAAUGCAAAAACUUUUAUUUUAAAUUACUAUCUAUGAAGGCAAGACUCUGUUCUUUGUUGUAAAUAAGAAUACUGUUAUGAUCCUUGUUAUUUUGAAUCUGUAAUAAAGGAAGAUUUGCUUGAAA